AUGUCCACACCAACUCCCACCAACGGGCAACUCAGCAUCACCCGCACCAACAUAUCCUCACCACACCUCCCCUCCCCUCCCAGCACCCACGAAAGCAAAUCCCUCGCCUUCCUCAUCCAAACCUCCAUCCCCCAAGAAAUCUACGAUCAAAUCUACGACCUCACCAUCCUCAACCUCGACGCCAUCGACACCGACACGGCAAACAAAACCAAAAUCGUCCACAUCACCAAAACUUACACUCCACCCUGGCAACUGACUUCCCUCUCCACGCGUCGCACCCGCCACGAAUUCGCCCAACUUUUCUACACGGAAGCGAAUUUCUUGCUUCCGAAUAUCCAUUAUCAAUCUCCUGCUAUUACUAGCCCCAUCAACUCCCGCAACUCCCGCGCCCGCAACAACCCCCGCGAAUCCCGCAACAAAAACCAAAUCAAACCUCUCGCGCACAAAUGGCUCCAAAGUCUCCCACCCAGCCAUCGCGCAAUGUACUGUUCGCGACCACAAGGUUUCAUUUUUCAAGCUUUGCCGCAUGCGUAUUUGAGUGUGAUUCCGAGAGCGCGGUUGUGGAUUCAAGGGCUUGAGAGGGAGGAGGUUGAAUUGGUGAAGAAGGUGUUUUUGAUGAGGUGUAUGGGCAAGAAUGUGGAGAUUGAGAGGGAGAGGGCCAGAGGGGUUUGGAGGGCUGCGAAGAAGAAGGUUGUUGUUGUUGGUGGCGGGGGGAGAGAGGGGGAGGGGAAGAUGGGUUUUAAGAGGGGGGUUUUGAAGGUGGCGAUUUUGAGUAGGAAGGGGGUGGAGAAUGGGGGCGUGGUGAGGAGGUGGAUGUGGGAGAGGGAGAGGGUUGUGGAGGGAGUGAGUGAGUGA